AUGUAUGAAAACAUGUCCACAAUGGUGUAUUUAAAGGAAGAGAAGCUGGAGAAGCUCACUCAAGAUGAAAUCAUUGCUAAAACUAAGCAAGUGAUUAAUGGACUAGAGGCACUGAAGAAUGAACACAAUUCAAUUUUACAGAGCUUACUUGAAACACUGAAAUGUUUGAAGAAAGAUGAUGAAACUAAUCUGGUUGAAGAAAAAUCAAACAUGAUUCGAAAGUCACUGGAAAUGCUGGAGCUUGGCCUUAGUGAAGCACAGGUAAUGAUGGCCUUGUCAAAUCACUUAAAUGCAGUGGAAUCGGAGAAGCAGAAAUUGCGUGCUCAGGUUCGCCGGCUAUGUCAGGAAAAUCAGUGGCUACGGGAUGAACUAGCCAACACACAACAGAAACUACAGAAAAGUGAGCAAUCUGUGGCUCAACUGGAAGAAGAAAAGAAACAUCUAGAAUUCAUGAAUCAAUUAAAAAAAUAUGACGAUGAUAUUUCACCAUCAGAGGAUAAAGAUACGGAUUCCACCAAAGAGCCUUUGGAUGACUUAUUUCCCAAUGAUGAAGAUGACCAGGGACAAGGAAUUCAACAGCAGCAUAGCAGUGCAGCAGCUGCUGCCCAACAAGGUGGCUAUGAAAUUCCAGCAAGAUUAAGGACCCUUCAUAAUCUUGUUAUUCAGUACGCUUCCCAAAGUAGAUAUGAGGUUGCUGUACCUCUCUGCAAGCAAGCUCUUGAAGAUCUGGAGAAGACUUCAGGUCAUGAUCAUCCUGAUGUUGCCACUAUGUUGAACAUACUUGCUUUGGUGUACAGAGACCAGAACAAAUACAAAGAUGCAGCAAAUCUCCUGAAUGAUGCCUUGGCUAUCCGCGAAAAGACUUUGGGCAAAGAUCAUCCAGCGGUGGCAGCAACUCUAAACAAUCUUGCAGUACUUUAUGGUAAACGAGGGAAGUACAAGGAAGCUGAACCGUUGUGUAAGCGAGCUCUGGAAAUCAGAGAAAAGGUUCUGGGGAAAGAUCACCCUGAUGUUGCCAAACAAUUAAAUAACUUGGCUUUACUAUGCCAGAACCAGGGUAAAUAUGAGGAGGUUGAAUACUACUAUCAGAGGGCACUGGAGAUUUACCAAACUAAACUAGGACCAGAUGAUCCAAAUGUUGCAAAAACAAAGAAUAACCUGGCAUCCUGCUAUCUAAAACAGGGCAAAUUUAAGCAAGCGGAAACUUUAUACAAAGAGAUUCUUACUCGUGCUCACGAACGGGAAUUUGGCUCUGUAGAUGAUGAAAAUAAGCCUAUUUGGAUGCAUGCAGAAGAGAGGGAAGAAUGCAAAGGAAAGCAAAAAGAUGGCACAUCUUUUGGAGAAUAUGGUGGCUGGUACAAAGCUUGCAAAGUUGACAG